AAAUAGAAUGGUAUAUAUACGUGGUUUAUAAAAAAUAGUUACUUAUUCUAAAAGUAUAAACUUUAUUUCCGUGUUAUAUUUAAAAAACUCAAAUAUGAAGUUUAUUUUCUUGUUUUUGAUUGCCGCUGUGAACAUAAGAUUUCCUAGUGCCAGAUCUCAAGACAGCGUAGUCAGAGUUUGGCCAUCCGACGACUUCAACAAAUAUGAUUGUUUCAAAUCCCACGAGACUUGCCGUCCCUGGCCUCUAGGUGACUCUCUAGGCGACUUUGUAGUUUGGACAUGGGACAUAAACCAGCGUCGUUGUGUAUCAGUUAUUGGUCAUAAACGUUGCACUCCUACCAAAAAUUGCUUUGUGAGUAAAGUAAAAUGUAUAGUGACAGCAUACAAAAUAUGUAGAUUUUUGUAGACGAAUAAGAAAUUAAAUAAAUUCCUAAAAGUAUAA